UCGGGGGGUUGGGCGACGGCGACGGCGGCUUGCGAAUUUCUCGCGCGUUGCGUCGCGGCGUCGCCCGCGAUGGAGGGCCGCGGCGUCUUCGUGGCGUGCGCGGACCACGGCGUGCUCGAGCGGUGCCUCGCGCCGUCCAGAAACCUCCGGAAAAGUAGUUUGGAACGGAAUUGGAACGCUUCAAUCGGUAAGACGGCGUUGGCGCUGGCGGCGGCGCGGGCGCACGAGCCGGCCAACGCGCUGACGAGGCGAACACCGCCGCCGGGGCUCAAGCUGCGGGCGCUCGUGGUGGCGAGGCUACUCGCGGCGACGGACGCGUUCACGGCGUUUCUCGACGAGGAAGGCGGCGGCACAGCUGGCGGCACAGCUGGCGGUUUAGGUUCGAAGUCGUCCACGCGGAUAAUUUCAAACUCCGCCGCCAACGCCGCCGACGUGCUCGACCUCACCGUCGAGCCCGCGAGCCAGACGGCGGCGGGCGCCGGGGCCGGGACCGGCGGUGAUGGUUCGGGUACGAACUCAGCGGUUAUAACGCCCGCGGAGGAACACGAACCGUCGCCGACGCUCGCCGCCGUCGUCGCCUCGAUACCGGCGGCGAACGACGACGACGACGCCGGCGUCGAGGCGCUCGGUAUCUCCGACGCGGCGCUGUCUGUGGUGCACGCGCUCUCGCACGGCGGUUGGGGCGGUUGGGGCGACGCCGUUCGCGCCCACGGCAUCUUACCCGCGGCGGUGGACGCGUGCGACGCGGCGUUUCGACGAAGGGCGGCGGCGGCGGCUCGUGGCGUGACCGGCGAGUCGGACGCCGGGGGCUUGUUAAAGGCGGAACGGCGUGUGAAGGGGGCGCUGAUGCUGGUCGCGAGGCUCCUCGCCGAGCCCGGGUCCGCGGCGAGGGCGAUCGCGGGUUUGCGGAGGGACGGGGAGACGGCUCGGGUUCUCGCGAGGGUCGCCGCGUACGCGGGUGCGCACCCGGAGCAGAUGCCGAGGAGGGUGGGACGUUACUUCGCGUCGCUGCUGCCGACGGUGACGCCGCAGGUUGGGGAGUGAUACGUCAGCGCGAGCACGACGAGGAUGGACACGCGAUGAACGCUCUUCUGUGAUGGCUAGACUAGACUACGAUUCGGUCAACGCGCCCCAAAGUGUUUCAGC